AUGGACUCUGCAGAAGAGCAGCCGACGCUGCAUGAGACGCUAAACCUACUGCAUCAAGCAUCUAGAACGACAGCAAAGCAACGUACAAUCAAGGUAUCUAGUAUAGUCGAUGUCAUCUGCCGUUACGCCUCAGAGAAUGGUCUUGACCAGGAUGCUCUCCGAGACAUUGUUCAGCUCGCGUCGGUGAAGACAUCACUAGACCAAACAACCAUCACGACCUUGAUCAAGAACCUUUAUCCAUCUCAAAAGGUCCCAAGCGAUGUUGUCAUCACCAUUGUUGGUGCUCUUGGGCAGGGCAAGGGCAAACCAUCGCCAGGUACACAAGACAGCCUUGUAAAGUGGCUUAUUAUCAUUCACGAGAUUAUCGAAAGCUCGACAGUGCUAUCUCGCUUGUACGGCGUGCUGUUUGGCAUGCUUGAUAUGAUUAGCAUAAGGACUUCCGUGUGCCAUUUACUCUCCCUCAUCACUCGCAGAAAGCACGUGAAGCCAUUCCGGAUACAGCAACUGCUUGAGCUAUCUCGCGGCCUCGGCAAUGAACCAGCACUCCAAGGUCUUCUCCGUGUUUACAAGGAUUACUAUCCAGAUAUCAUUCUUGGCAGCACGUCCACGAGCCGAAAGUCGUUCGCUCCACGACCGGAUUCCGAAUGGCAAGCCAGAAUCCUCGCAAUCCAAGAGGCCAGCGUGGCGGAAGAUGACUCUAACGCGGAUAGGCAGCACGGGUUCAAGGUGCUACGAAGGAGAACCAAAGGUAGCAAAGAAUCGAUGAUUCCAGACGUGCAUACCUAUCAUGCGACAGAGAACUCGGUAACCCUCGAGGGUAUUGAUGGUGUGGACGACUUUGUCGAAAAGCUCGACAGGAUAGAGCCACCGGGUCAGCUGGUAGCAGUCCUCACGGACCCACUACUACAGAAAUACAUCGCCCUCAAGCCAUCGCCGAUCAACACCGCUCGACUGAGGACGUGGCUCGCAGCAUGUCUAGAAGAACAAUUCGAGGAAUACCGACAAGGCACUGGAAACGCCCAACACCUAUCUGAGAUCCUCGAUGGGCUACUGAGGUACGCUCGAUUCACGAAGAAACUACAUCGUCCAGCACGAGCCUUUCUCCUCAAAUAUCUGCCGGUAUGGAACGGACAGCAAGAUCGUGCUACUGUGUUGGGGCUUGUCCCCUACCUCCAAGUUUAUGACUUCAACGCGGACUAUAGAUCCUAUUUCAAGCAUAUUGAAUCUGCCCUAGCAACCCAGGGAAUCUCAGCAUACGCGACGCUAGUCGACUUCUACACAGCCCUACUGGUAAAUCAGAUCAACAUGACUUCCACAGGUUCCGAAGACAUACGAGAAGCGGGCCAGGAAGUAUUGGAAGACAUGAUGGAGCAUGUGAGGGACUUGUUCACCUCGGCUCUUCUGUCCGUCCCACAAGGUUCUGGCAUCGACCUCACAUCGUCCAUCCUCUCCUUCUAUGAACACGUCAGCGCCUCCUCGAACCCACACAUCAUCCCGAUCCAUUUACCGCCUAUGCAUCUUGUCUACCUGCUCGCCCAAGACACGUCCGCGACGACUCUUUCCCGCAUAUGCGGCAUCAUCGGCACGUACAAGUCAGCCUUUGACGCGCAUCCCAAGCCAGUCAAAGUAUAUUACCCACCAGAAGUUACCGAUACGUUCAACCAGUGUCUGCGCGACUUGUACAACCUCGUAUGGGUAUCUCGCGGCCUUGUUGCGCAAAAGGACAAGUCAAAGGGCUUGUACUGCCAUGACGGACUUCGCUCCACACUCGACAACUACCUAAAGACUGUGGACCGAAACUAUGCUAUUGCGGGUGCGUUUACCUUGUCAUUCAAUCCGUGCUUGACGUCGCUCUCUGCUGCGGCGUGGCGUGCGAUGGAGAGGUGGGAAAUUGACAAGGUGGGCGAGGGAAUGAUCAACAAGUAUCACACUGGACCUGUUGGUGAGAAGAGCCUGGCAUUGCUUAAGAAGGAGGGUGGUGUGGGCGUGGACUGGGAGGGUGCAAAUGGGUACAAGGUCUUUGUGUUGCAGUGGUUGAAUGAGAGAGGGUUGGGUGGGAUCAAGGAUUUGAUGUUUGCUACUGUUACCAACUUGAAGAAUACGGCUUCUGGGUAG